AUGGCACCGGACCAGGUCGAGCGGGUUCUGCAAGGCCGCUGGGCCAUCAUCAACGUCUGGCGUCCAUUGAAGCCCGUCCCAUGUGACCCUCUCGCCGUAGCAGAUGCCCGAUCUGUUCCUGACGAGGACCUUUUCGAGGUCCAUGUUGGGAAACCACAAAACGUCCAAGCCACCUUUUAUAAUCCUAAGACCUCCCGACAGGGUAGUGGAACACUGCUUGGGAAGUAUGGACCGGGCCAUAAAUGGUACUACAUGUCGGAUAUGACUCAGUACGACAUCCUGUUACUCAAAAUAUUUGACUCGAAAGAUGACGGCAAGACGGCGAGAAGAACACUCCACGCGGCAUUCAUCGACCCGCACACGAGCGAGGUACAGGAGGCACGAGAAAGUUUGGAAAUCAGAUGCUUAAAAAUACACCGCAGAUAA